GCGGUACGAGGCCGCGAGCCCACUAGCCAACCAAAGAGCCGAUCCGGCUCGCGCCCUCAGCUAGAAAGGAAGAAAGGCGGUGCAGCAUACGCUCAACGUCCUCCCCACCCGUUGCCGGCAAGUGUGGGCGGAAAUGAGAGCUUUAGCCUGCGGAGGGCUCAGCCUAAGAGGCAUCGGGAAGUGCUGCCUGUCGCCUUACGUUUGCGGCUGGAACAACGGCAAGAAUAAUCUAGGUUUCCCGCCGUGUGUCUCUCAGGCGAUAGAGAUUUCAUUCAAUAUUUUGUAAUCGUCGGGAGCUAGGCCCUGAAGUCUCUCUUGAAAUACUAUGGCUGUGAAGUGGGCCAGUGGACACUCUUCAUCAAUAUUGUGUUUGAACGUGAGCAAAGAUGGUCUAUUGGCUUCAGGAGCUGAAGGAGGAGAGCUUACCAUCUGGAGUGAGGAAGGGAGUCCAUUGGAACAUGCACAACUCAACAAAGCAGAUGAUGUUACUAGUGUUGUGUUUUCUCCUACCUGUUCCAGAAGAUUAUAUGCUUCCCAUGGGGAGACUGUUAGCAUUCUGGAUACCAGGUGUCUGAAAGAGCCAAUUGAAUGUUUCCAUGUAAAUGAUGAAGAGAUCAAUUAUCUUUCAGUAAAUGAAACUGAUAGUUUCUUAGCUUCUGCGGAUGAUUCUGGAGUAAUAAAGAUAAUUGAUUUAGAAAGAAAGAAGUUAAGCCGCUGCCUCAGACGACAUUCAAAUAUUUGUGCAUCUGCCGUGUUUCGUCCGCAAAGACCUCAAAGCCUUCUUUCGUGUGGUCUGGAUAUGAAGGUUAUGAUGUGGAACUUGCAGAAAGCUCGACCAUUGUGGAUCGUGGACUUGCAAGAGGAGGAAUCGGAUGAGCAUGCCACUGGUCAGCUUUUUAACCCUCCACUGGCCCAUUCCCUGUCUGUUUCUACUUGUGGCAAUGUCUUUGGCUGCGGAGCUGAGGAUGGAAAAAUCAGAAUCUUCCGAGUAACAGGUGCCAAGUUUGAGCAGGAGGUACUGUUUAAGGGCCACUCCUUAGCAGUAUCACAAGUUUUCUUUCUACCAGAAGCCUAUCGGCUCAUUACAGGAGGAAACGAUGGCAAAGUGUUGUUGUGGGAUGUCAGCAAUGAAGUGGGAAAACUGAGGAGUCCAGUCAAAUCCAUUCACAGAAGGAGAGCUAGGAUGCCCAACACCACCAAGAAAGCUGACAAAAUGAACACAGAGCUUACAAAUGAGCAUGUGCCCAUUUUACCAAAACUAACCAUUGAACAUGGAGAGAAGGUGAACUGGAUUUCAUAUGCAGAGAUUAAAAGCUCUAGAAGAGUACUGGUUGCUGAUCAGAGUAGCAGUAUAUCAAUCUAUCCUAUUGCUGAACCUUAGACAUACCUUAGCAUAACUAGCAAUAUAGUGGGCCUUUGUUUAGCCACCACAAGAACCAACUUUAUUGAAAAAUGUUAAAUAAAGAUACAGUUGAAAACAAGUCUUACGAAAUAUUUACUGGUGACCCAGGAAGGAGGCCGGAUACUGAUCUGGAAAAGGAAAGCCGUCUGUACCUUAGCUUUGCUGCCCAUUUGGGUAAUUUUCAAGCAGCAUUUGCAAGGGUCUUAACAGCUUGAUUGUUCCCCUUUACAGCCCAAGGAGUAUUAUUGCUUGGUGCAAUUGAAAUGCUGUCACCUAAUGGUAGGGGUUGCUUUGCCAUCUCUCCAUCAUAACGCAAAACUGGUCAGUUGGUAGCCCAGGAGGUCUCACAAAACCCAGUUCCACUAACAGCAGCUUGGGGAAAUUGGUCCAAUUCAAGGAGAUUCUGUUGCUGCAAGGCAUAUAGAUGCUCUCCUAGUUGAAUGUUCCUUGGAGGUGGCUGCCAGAACUCUUUCAUUCCAGCUUUCAGCAUAAUGGAAAUUGCUUUCUUGGUAAUAUUGCUCCUAAAUGUUUUUUCUGAUACACCAACGUUAUUUCCUCCAAUGUAUUUUAAAUCGACUGCAGCUGUUCUAUAAAUUGCUUAAAAUAUUUUGACAAUUGAUAUUCAUUGUAUCAGUAAUGGGAUAUCUUAUGAUAAACCAGGUAUCUCACAGAUGAGUGUGCAAUAGAACUCAGUUGUGAGUGUGUGUGUGAAUAGAUAGAUCUCUAACUUUCAACAUGAGGAAAAAAUAGAAAUGGCACCUUAGUAUAUGCUCUGGUAGGUUUCACUGGCACCAGAAGACUUUCAAAAUAUUUGUGCUUUUAAUUAAUUUUGAUAUUCCAGACCCCUCAAUGCACCCUGAAGUUGAUUGGACUACAUCUACAGAGUUGGAUUUGAGCUUUAAUGUGCAAUUUAUGUAUCAGGACUCCUGAAUUUGUCCAUGGUGUAUUUCCUUCUAUCUUGGUUCAGAAACAAAAAAAAUGAGUUCAAAGAAACCUGGAGUCUUAAAAAUGGUGCAGCAAAAUCUAGCCUUCUUCUGCAAAGCAUAUUAAUUCAUAAGUCAAUGUUCCUCAUUUUCUCAGCCUAUUGCUACAUGCUGCUAUCUUCAAAUGUUAUUAGUGUGCCCACAUGUAGAUUUCUGGCUGUUUUUUUACAUUAAUAUUUUGCUGCUGUUAAAACACAACUCCUUAAAAAUUACCGCCACACUGUAGUAAAUUGUAAGCUUUUUAAAGAAAAUGUAACCUUUUAAAAGAAAAAUUCAAUAUGCUAAGCUUUAUGUCAAUAAAAGCAACUUUCCUUCUAUCAGGGAAGUAUUUCUCAGCA